GCGAACUCAAAUUCGACAAGUACAAACAGGUAAUGUAAUAGCUUAUCUUCCAACCUCUGUGCAGACCACUCGGCCGUCACACGCUUUAAGUGCUCCACACAUUCCAGCGACUCCUGUCACACAUAGAACUGUGCACUCUGCCUCACAUGCUCCAUCCCUCCCUCGACUCAUGAGACACCACUCCCAGGAGCUCUUUGAUAUUCGCACAGACACAAAAUGUAUGCCACGCCGGCGCACCCGAAGUGCUAGUCCUUCUACAGCCCGAGCAAAUCAACGGCGCGAUCCAGAUUGACCAUCCGACUCUCUAUGUCCCAAAUCUGCCGCUGGUGGCCAGAUCCUGACAGAUGAUUUGUGGGACCCAUGGCCGGACGGAGAUUUUGAAAGAUUAUUCACGUGGGAGGAGGGUAACAAAAACUGAUAAUCUCAGGGAACAUUGGGCUUGCCAGCCGGGAGGAGGAGACAAGAGGGGGUCAGAGUCGGCACUGACAUGGUCACGAGGCAAAAAGACGAGACGUGUCUGCCUGGGUGUCAUUACUUGUGACGAUCCUACCUGUGAUGUGGUUACGCGCCCACAGACACGCAGGGCUGGCAUCAUGGGGCAAUUGAAUGCAUCGUACCUUUGUGGCGGGCAGCUCACACACGUCGACUGUGGUGUCAUGUCAGUGCUGUAUUCAUUCAAAGGGGCGUCUACUACAUUCACAAGGGCGUUCACUACCACCCAAAGCAAACCCACAUCUUGCAUCUAUCCCGUGUUUACCGCCCCUCCAGGGGUACACAUGGUCAACGUUCCCAUCUUCCAAUUAAUAUCCAGAAUGUUAUCUAACCAGUGCCCAGUCUUAAUAUCAAGAUCACAAUAACACUCAUUCAGAUUGAUAAUCCUCUCUCUGCACAGACCUGGCCUGCAUCAGAUUCAAAUCCUCAUGCAAGUAUCACAUACAUAUGUUCCAUU